GCCUGCAGCCCUGGCCUUGGCUCCAGCCUUGCUUCGAGGGGCCUUGAAAGUGAAAGUCACUGCUCCACAAAGCACUAUUCCUGGCAUGUUCGUUGUGGUUUUACCAUUGCUGUAUUGCCCAAUGACGUGGGGGAUGUAUCAUAUCGCUUUUCAGCUCUUGGGCGACUUGUGGAUGCUCCUGGGCCUUCUUGUCAUGGCCUUCGCUCCCAUGGUCUAUCUCAUUUUGGGGACCUACUACUCCAUCACACGGCCGCUGACUGACGCAGCGAUCACACGUGUGAUGGUGAGCAUGAACCGCGCGUCGGCCAUCCUGGCGGUGAUCGGUUAUGUCUUCAUUUGCACCUUCGCCUACAAGAGAUACCAGCUGACCAUGGUCAACUCAGAGCCGGGGGAUGAAAACUCGGUGGAGAGAGAUGCAUACAAAUACAUCGUGCACCAGGUGGCCGUGCUGCAGCCGAGCUUUUGGAUUCAACUCGCAGGUGUUGCGAUGGCCAAGUACUUCUUCACCACAUUGGCAGGAGUUGACUGGAUGAUGGUUGAAAUUGGAAAGCAGCGGCACUAUGAGAUCUUGAUGGAAAUCUCACAGAAGAUCCGCGAUUUGGAAGAGGGUGGUAGCUCUGUCCGUUAUCCCAAGGGCCUUCGAAAAGCCGCAGAGAGAGAGGAGAAUCUCAAGGCAGCCGAAGAACGUGGACUGCGUCUAGAUUGCGUCUUUUACAUUUUGUAUGAUGAGGUGCCUAUGCAUGUGGCCGAAGUCAAGAGCAGCACCGGCAGUGGUGGCGCACACCGCAGGCGAACGGUGUUGCAACCCGCUGUAAGCGGGAUGCUGGAGUUGGCAGAGAUGAAGGACGCCGCUGAAGCCUCCAACGAGCCUAAGGCGUCUUCGCCCUCGUCGCCCCGCAGAGAAGCCACGGCGCCGGGGGUCCCUCCAGCGCCGCCAGAAUCCCCGAGCGAGACAAACUUAGACAGUACUUGGAACUUCUUUUUUGGUCUGCGCACGCCUCCAACAUCAAACAGAACACCAGCUAGCUUCAGUGCGCCACGGCCGAAUCCUGGAUGGCCUGCCAGACCUCCAGGAGUCACCUACUCGUCGCGGGCGCCGCUGGCAACACCCCUGGCUGGGCCGCUGUCCGAGCCGCAAAGGUUGCUUCCACCGCAUUGGCAGGGCUCGUUGGGCAGUCCGAGCACGCAGUCAACCGUGCCACGUCCCGCUGCUCCUGGGACGCCUCAAAUGCGGCCCCAUUUCUGAGUGACAAAGAGCGCCACAGGGCCAGGCAGCCGGUCACACAUAUCAACAGGUAGAAGUUCGCACCCAAAGGCUCCC